AUGGUAUGCCUUAUUCUAUUUAUCCUAUCAGAAUGGAAGGUGAAUAGCGUUCCGCUGGUUGAACACAUUCAUUCAGGUAAAGAAAGUCCAAAGAAGGAAAUGGACAGCACUAAAUGGUUGAGAUUGAGUGAAGCAGAAGUGCAGGAGACGUUUGGAGUAGGUACGGAAUGGUACGGAAUAAGCGAGACUUAUAGCAGAAAUUCACGAGAAUAA